AUGGUGCAGGGUCCAGAUGAUAUACCCAUAACUUACCUUAACAAAGGCCAGAUAUACACAUUGACUGUAUCUGAUGCCGGUGCCUCAGACUUUGGUCAUUAUCCUACAAAGUAUCGUACCACUGUACGGAUAACUUUUGAUGACGAGAAACAGCGUUUAAAGCCGGCGAGCUAUUGGAAAUUAUGGCAAGAGGGCCGUGGCGCCAACAGGGCUUAUCAGAGCGAGAGCACACUGCUAGCAGUUGAAUAUGUGCCACACAAUCAGGGCGAAGAUUUGCAGCCUCGGUAUCGGCAGGUUCAACUAGAACAUAACAGCCUCGACGGAUUUUCGGUAAUAUGGACGCCUCAUAAGAUUAAUAAUCGGCGAGACUGCGCCAUAUACGUUCGAUUCAACUUUGUGUCGACAAGUUUUAGUUAUUCCAAGGGAGUGAAGGGAGUUCCUCUCAGGCUCUGUGCUAAGACGGAGGCAAUUUCAUCUUCUCACGAGCUACCCGGAGCGUCAAGCUACUCUGAAAUUAGCUACUGUAAAGUCAAGCUAUUUCGAGAUCAUGGCGCGGAGAGGAAGCUUUCAAAUGACCUUAUCCACGUGAAAAAACUUAUUCAACAGGUGAAGGAACAGAUCUCCGAAGCUACACUGGGAACUUCCAAUGGUGGCAAGCGAAAAAGGUGCAAUGGCUCUGCGUUGAUCACUGGCAACGAGUCCACGACAAAGACACGGAAAUGCUCCAAAAUCCCAUGGUCAUAUGGCCAGGACCUUGCGAUGAAAGGGCCCUUUGAGGAUGAUCUUCGUAUGGAGUUGAAGCGGUUGACCGAUAAGACUAUGUCCAGGCGGGAAGUCAGCAUCCUUAAUCUUAGGGGAGAGCCUCAAGAUGACUUGGAUCUGUUCCCUUUGGAGAUGGAUAUACGACGGACUAGUGAUGCCCUUGGGCCAGAAGCCGAAACGGAGAGUAAGGCUUCAAUAAAAGAUCCAAGUAAAUAUACCUUACCUCAAUGUAUGGCUUUUGUUAGCUUUCAUACUUACAUUUUCUUUAGAAUAUUGUUUUUAUGUGCAGCGACGGCAAAAUAA